AUGUUUGAAAUAAGUCAAAAGGUUCUUGAAACAAGUAUUCAGGGGGCUCCCCAUGUGUGGAUUCAGCUUGUGGAAAUGCUUCCUUCAUCCUCAAUUUAUGUCUGGGCAAGCAACAGUGGAUCUUGUCCGUCUGGAAAUUUGACGCUUGGCGUACCCAUGGGAGAGGAUACGGCUACCACUGAUUUAGUAGGAGUUGGAUCUAUUGACGACCUUUCAAGAAGGAUGUCGAGAAUACUUUCGAAACGGUAUCAAAUUCAAGCAUUUUGUAGUGUUACUCUUCAAGGGGAGUUUCCCAAUGAUCCGGAAAUUCUAUCAGCUUUUACAAAGGUGAUGGGUGCUGUAAACAAUAUGAUUGAGGAGCGAAAGGAAAAAUCAAAUGCAUAA